UGGGAAGAACCCCUGCUUUCCCUUCGCUUCUCCGAAGCAGAGAGAUAGAUCCGCGGUAUAUGCAGGCUGAAGCGACACGGCUAGAGUCAUCCCAGAAUAUGUUUGCCUGCGAGCGUGUGAACAUUCCUCUGCUCGACUUUCCACUCGCCUCCAACCUGCGCCGCCCGGCCGGCAUGCCUCCCCGGCCGUGAAGCGGGGCCGCCGCCGCCCCUCCGCGCCGCUCUUAACCCGCCCUCGCUGCCACCUGGCCCUCCUGAUCGACGACACACGCACUUGAAACUUGUUCUCAGGGUGUGUGGAAUCAGCUUUCCGGAAGCAACCAGCCCACCAGAGGAGGCAGACAGACAGCUUAGGUCCCCAGAGCUAGAGGAUACGAUGCUGUGGAGGCUGGUUCAGCAGUGGAGCGUCGCGGUGUUCCUAUUGAGCUACUCGGUGCCCUCCUGCGGGCGCUCGGUGGAGGAGCUCGGCCGCCGACUCAAAAGAGCGGUGUCUGAACACCAGCUCCUCCAUGACAAGGGGAAAUCCAUCCAAGAUUUACGGCGACGAUUCUUCCUUCACCACCUGAUCGCAGAAAUCCACACAGCUGAAAUCAGAGCUACCUCGGAGGUUUCCCCCAACUCCAAGCCUGCUCCCAACACGAAGAACCACCCCGUCCGAUUUGGGUCUGACGAUGAGGGCAGAUACCUAACUCAGGAAACCAACAAGGUGGAGACGUACAAAGAGCAGCCACUGAAGACACCCGGCAAGAAAAAGAAAGGCAAGCCUGGAAAACGCAAGGAGCAGGAGAAGAAGAAGCGGAGAACUCGCUCGGCCUGGCUGACCUCGGGCGUGGCUGGGAGCGGGCUGGAGGGGGACCACGUGUCUGACAUCUCCGGGACAUCGCUGGAGCUCGAUUCACGGUAACCGGCUUCCAGGGCCCGUAGGAGGCAUUGAAAUUUACAGCAGAGACCUUCAGAGGACGUAUUGCAGGAUUCUGUAAUAGUGAACAUAUGGAAAGUAUUAGAAAUAUUUAUUGUCUGUAAAUACUGUAAAUGCAUUGGAAUAAAACUGUCUCCCCCAUUGCUCUAUGAAACUGCACAUUGGUCAUUGUGAAUAUUUUUUUUUUUGCCAAGGCUAAUCCAAUUAUUAUUAUCACAUUUACCAUAAUUUAUUUUGUCAACUGAUGUAUUUAUUUUGUAAAUGUAUCUUGGUGCUGCUGAAUUUCUAUAUUUUUUGUAACAUAAUGCACUUUAGAUAUACAUAUCAAGUAUGUUGAUAAAUGACACAAUAAAGUGUCUCUAUUUUGUGGUUGAUUUUAAUGAAUGCCUAAAUAUAAUUACCCAAACUGAUUUUCCUCUGUGCAUGUAAAAAUAGCAGUAUUUUAAAUUUGUAAAGAAUGUCUAAUAAAAUAUAAUCUAAAUUA